UUGUCACGGAUUGUUCCAGAAAACCUUCUGGUCGUUCAACGGCGCAGUCUCUUCCAUCCCUUGGAAUUCCCGCGAGUCAUCGUUCAAGUUUCACUUGAAUUCGCCUUGUCGUCCGUGCGGUGACCAACUGGAUUAAAUCCUAUUUUAUUUCGAUUUUAUUAUUCUAUUUUUUUGCCGCUGCUGUCCAACCAUCAAAUCCCAUCCCCCCCUCCGAAGAAACUGAGCCAUCAUGGAUCCCAACACGACCGGCUUUCCAAUGUUGCAACAGCAACAGCAACACGCGGGCUAUCCAGUUACCUCUCAGAGUCCACAGCAAUUUUCUUACUAUCCGAACGCGAUCCCUUCCUUUCCCCAGCAAAAGGCUCCCUCCCAUAUUCCCCAGCAGCAGCAUUCUUUCGGUGCCAUGCCUAUGCAAGCAGGCGCUCCCGGUGGAGCUAUGAUGCCGUCGGGUUUCCCACAGCACUCUGCACCACCCCACGCCAACUUCUCUGCUCCCUUUGCCCAACCACCUAUCCCCGUGACCAUGAGCCAAUUCAUGCCACCGCAGGCUGUGACAACCUCAACUCCGCCGUCGACUGUCGCCACAACCAUAGCUCCAUCCUUCCCUCAGAACAUGGCUUCGAUCUCGGCGAACAACAUGGUGUCUGCGCAGCCUCAAAGGCCCCCUCCACAGCAGACCCUUCAGCCCCAGCCAACUCCUACAGCCACAGCCCCGGCAACUCCAUCGCCCGCAACGGCACGAGAGAAAGCUCGCGUGACAGUUCUUCUCGAUAUCAAUUCCAUGUUGUUACAAGAGGUUGUGAAUCUUCAGGCGGCAGGCAAGGCCGGCGGUCCUCCGCCUCAGCCGCAGGACUCCAAUCCCUCGUCGGAUCAGGCCCCCGAACCCGCCAAGGGGCCAACCCAGAAACCCAGCCAAGAGUACAUCGAUUGCAUGCGUCGCCUGCAGGCCAAUCUCGCGUACCUCGCCACCAUCGCCGACCGCGCGAAGAAGUCUGGCGGAGUGCCUCCUUCGGCGCCGGGAAUCAUGACUCCACCCCCACACAUGCCGUCCAUGAAUGAGAUGUACAAGAAGCUCGCCGAGCUGUUCCCGCGCACGGCGCCAGGUGCUGCUGGAACGCCCCAACCCAGCCCUCAGGGUAUUCAGGGCAACGGCAGACCUAGCCCUUCUCCGGCUACCGAGACGGUCGUUUGAGAAAUACCGACAAUUCCGGAUAGUACAACUCACACAACAUGCGCACAGUCCCUCAUGUUGAGGAUUUGGGCGAUUGAAUCUCAGCGCAGAUGAUCAAGGAACAAAGCUCCAUAGACGUUGUCUCUUCCGUCGAGACUGACGGUCAUGAUCGCCACAUCUGGCCACCGACAUACCCACGAAAACGUUUGCCUAUGACCCGUAACUGUCCUUUUUUUUUAUGAUGUCGCCCGGCAGUCAAUCCGCGGACGAAGACCGAUGGGUUUAUCCUUCGUAAAGGUCAGAUAUCACAGGCAUAUGAGAAUGCUCUUCCGCGAGAAUCUGUCCGGGAAAUGUCAUGCGCCUCUCAGUUGAAGGCCCCAAGGAUCCGCCCCUGGACCCAGCUAGGUUUUGUAGUGUGUUCGAUUCCAAGACGAGAACGAAGAAUACUGAAGGUCAGGAUCAUUUACCGGUUUUGAGAAGUUGGCUGUAAAAUCUUAAUCGGUUCAAUCCCGGGCAUAGCACCAAUGAUAUUCCUUAAAUGUGU